AUGGGGGAUCCAGAGCCCAUUUGCUCAGGGAAGGAUCCGACCCAGUGCGAUCUAACAAAUCACACCGACAUAGCAACAUUUCUCAGAUAUACCGACAGCGAGCGGAUUCUCAUCGUCAUCAUCAUUCCUAUCAUUCUUGGGAUCGGAGUAUGUGCGAACAUGACAUUUAUUUUUGUGGUACUGCGUUUAAGACACAUGCACACCAUCACGAAUUAUUAUUUACUGAACCUGGCCAUUUCUGAUGUGUCUUUCCUGAGCUUGGCAGCAGGGGAUAAGCUCGCUUUGUAUUUUGUAUCGCCGAUGGUUGACGACCAACGUGUUUUGGGACCAUGGGGGUGUACUCUUCUAUACUAUACGACCAAUAUUUGUUUCUUUGCAUCUAUGUUUCUCAUUACUGCGGUCAUGGCGGAAAAGUUCUAUGCAGUUUGCAAGCCUUUGCACCAUCGGGUGGCCAGCGGGAUAAAAAGGACCGUCAGAACUCUGGUAACAGUUUGGAUAGUGGCAUUACUUUUUGCCUUUCUUCUCAUCCCAUCACACGCUGUGUACAAUGACUACCAGUUCAUUUGGCCAGAUGAAGAUGUUUAUUCGGUUUUCCCUCUUGAUGUAGGGAAAUGCGAACCAGUACGUUCUAUGGCUGCAAACUACAUCGCCAAUGGAAUACAAACAAUACCCUUUUUCACCGUCAUGGUCGUCAAUUUUUACAUGAAUGUGCGCAUCGUGAGAGCGCUCACGAAGCGCAUGCGCGCACACCCUGGUUCCAUCGCAGCCAAUGAGCGUCUGCAUGGGAUCAUAAACGCGAGAAACCAGCGGACCCGAAAUCAGGUUGUCCGUAUGCUUGUCAUCAAUGGCGUCGUAUUUUUCUGCCUCCUGUCUCCGUUUCAAAUAUUUUCUUUCUACAGAAUGAUUGAGGGAUUAGUCACCGAUACCACCUCCAAUAUCGCAACUCGCACGCGUCAACUCGUGUGGGCAUUUCGUAUUUUAUCUUACAUCAACCCCGCUGUGAAUCCUUUUAUUUAUACUUUAUCCAACAAGCGAUAUCGUCGUGCGUUUUUCUUAGCAAUUCCUUGCCUCAAACGACUGUGUCUCCAACAUCGCAAUCCAGAUCGAGCCGCAUUAGCGGGAACAGUACAUGUUUCAUUAGAAGAAUCGAAAAACAAAAACCAAGAGUCGCAUUCAGAAAACUCUACCCGAUCGUCAUAG